GCGCACACGAUCGACAAUAUGACACGGUUGUCGUUUUUGAUAGUUGUGUUAGGUUUACAAACAGUUGUGGUUCCAGCAGAAAUACAUGAAAUUUGUACAACUACGACUUCUCAAAUCGGACGGUGUAAGCUCGUCAAAGACUGUGAAUAUGUUCGAAAUAUUAUGCGAAAUCCAAACCGCACACACGAAGAAUGGUAUUUUCUAGACUACAACAAAUGCGGGAAUGUGCCAGCUGAUCCACGGCCUAUGACAUUGGUCUGCUGUCCAGAAGUACAGAAUGUGCAACAAUGUGGUGUUUCAAAAAUUGGAAAUCGUAUUUUCGGAGGAAGCAAGACAAUCUAUGGGGAAAUACCAUGGGCUGGUGUAAUUGUUUAUCAAACUGGUAAAAAGAGGCUUUCAGUGAAGUGUGGUUGUACUCUGCUUAAUUCAAGAUGGGCAAUAACCGCAGCUCAUUGUAGUAGUAAUAUACCUAACAGUUGGAAAAUUCAUCGAGUUAGAUUUAGUGAGUGGAAUAUAAAUAAACUAUCGCCCUGUAUUACUUCAACAAAUGUGCAAAUAUGUAGAUCUGAAUAUGAAAUACAUGAACCCAUUGUCCAUCCUUUGUAUCAAUCCAGUUCCAUUGACAUGGCACAUGAUAUAGCUCUUAUCAAAACAAAAAAGGAAGUUCAAUUUAGCGACUAUGUCAUUCCUAUUUGUUUGCCGUUUAAUGAAGAAAUACGAGAACUACCAAUUGAACAGCAACAGUUUACAGUUACAGGGUGGGGACAAACUAAUAAAGGGAAUGAGGUUGGCAUACAGCGUCAUGUGACUAUUGCUGGACAAAACAACAGUGUUUGCGAAAAUGCAUUCUCAUCACUUGACAUAAAACUAUCAGAAGAACAAAUUUGUGCUGGGGGUGAGCAAGGCCAGGAUUCAUGUCGCGGAGAUUCUGGAGGUCCCUUAACAAUACAACAUGGACUUGUAAAUUAUCUUAUAGGUAUAGUCAGUUUUGGCCCUCAGGAAUGUGGAACUAAAAACCAUCCCGCUAUUUAUACUAACGUAAUAAAAUAUUUAGAUUGGAUAGAAGAUACUAUGGUGGAUUGAAAUAAAAACUGUUUAACUACUGCAUAUGGAUGAAAUUGAUUGUACAAAUAAUGAGACACUCGGAAACGAUUUUUUUUUUGUAUUUUGUUGGCUUUGGAUAUUUAAGUUACCGAGUUGACUUAACCCUCUCUGUCCCAUGGUAGCACAGGUGCUCCAUGACUUCCGACACUAAAAUUGGCCGAUAAAAUUUUUUGGUCAUUUAAAUAUGGAUGUUUUGAUUUUAUAAUGUAGUAAAAAGAUUGUUUUACAAGCUGUAUAGUUGUGUUUGACGAAUUGCUUGUUAAUAGCUUUUUCGCAUGAUCAAAAACUGUAAACCACAAAAACACCCUUGGG